AUGAAGAAAACCUCCUUCCUCCAGAAACAACCAAAGAAAAUCUCCUUCCUCCAGAAACAACCUAUGGAAACCUCAUUCCUCCAGAAACAACCAAAGGAAAUAUCCUUCCUCCAGAAACAAGCAAAGGAAACCUUCUUCCACCAGAAACAAGCAAAGGAAAUCUCCUUCCUCCAGAAACAACCAAAGGAAACAUCCUUCCUUCAGAAACAACCAAAGGAAACCUCAUUCCUCCAGAAACAACCAAAGAAAAUCUCCUUCCUUCAGAAACAAGCAAAGGAAACCUCCUUCCUCCAGAAACAAGCAAAGGAAAACUUCUUCCUCCAGAAACAACCAAAGAAAAUCUCCUUCCUUAAGAAACAAGCAAAGGAAACUUCCUUCCUCAAAAAACAACCAAAGAAACAACCAAAGAAAACCUCCUUCCUCCAGAAACAACCAAAGAAAAUCUCCUUCCUCCAGAAACAACCAAAGGAAACCUCCUUCCUCCAACAACAACCAAAGGCAACUUCCUUCCUCCAGAAACAACCAAAGGAAACCUCCUUCCUCCAAAAACAAUCAAAGGAAACCUCCUUCAGAAACAACCAAAGGAAAACUUUCUUGUUUUGGGAGGAGACACAUUUCCUUUGCUCUCAGAGAUUACAUGUCAUGAAGGAUGAAGAAUGGGUCAUCCAAAAUGUUGAGAUAACAACAAAUAUAUGA